AUGAAAAAAUUGUUUGAUAUUAUUUCUCCGAGUAAAAAUAUACAACAACAAUCUGCAAGUGGUAAAGAAUCGUCAUCAUCAUCAUCAUCAUCUUCAUCACCAUCACCAUCAAAAAAUAGAUCUUGUUUUAAUGGAAUUGGUAUAAAUAGUAAAAUUAAUAAUAUUAAUAUCCAAGAAGAUUCUAUUAGCAAUGGAAAUAAUAAUGAGAAAUACCCACAAAUUGAAAGAGAUAAUAUUAUUAAAAUAGUUUUAUUAGGUGGAUAUCAAGUUGGUAAAUCAUCAAUAAUAAGGAGAUAUCUUCAAGGUUGUUUCACAACAUCUUACAUACCAACUAUUGGUAUAGAUUUGUCAACUUUAUUAUUAAAAAGAAAGCAAUCACAACAACAACAACAACAACAACAACAACAACAACAACAACAACAACAACAACAACAACAACAACAACCAUCACCACAAUCAUCACAGCAACCACCACCACAACAACAACAACAGCAACAGCAACAACAACAACAACAACAACAACAAACACCUCAACGUAAUAAAAAUGAAAAUUAUGAUGAGAAUGAUUAUUUAAGUGAUUAUUCAGAUUCAGAAUCAAAAGAUGAUUCAUCAUUAAAUCAAUAUUUAACGCAAUCACCAAAUCAAUAUAUAGUACAAUUUUGGGAUGUUGCCUAUGCAGAGAUUAAAGGUAAACAUUUCUCUAGUAUUUUAAGUGGUGCUUCUGCAAUCAUUAUGGUUUAUGAUUCUGUUAAUGCAAGUUCAAUUUUAGCAAUUGAUGAAUGGAAAACAAUUUUAAAUACUUCACCAUUUAUUCAAAUUAAUAAUGGUAAUAAUAACAAUAAUAAUAAUAAUAAUAAUAAUAAUAAUAGUAAUAAUAAUAGUAAUAAUAAUAAUAGUAAUAAUAAUAGUUUUAAUAGUAAUAAUUAUAAAAAAAUACCAUUGGCAUUAUUUGCAAAUAAAAGUGAUAUUGGUGAACCAGUUAUAAGUCCAACAGAUUUAGAUUAUUAUUGUAAUGCAUGUGGUUAUAGUAUUUGGAGAUUUACUUCAUGUAAAAAGGAUUUAAAUAUUAUAUCAGGUAUUGAUUCAUUGAUUUCAUUAGUUAUUGAAAAUAAGAAUCAAGAACUCUCUGAUAUUAGGAAUAGAUUAUUAAAUGAAAAAAAAGAAAAAAGAAAAUUAAUUUAUCAAUUAAAGAAAAAUGUAAAUUUAAAUACAAGUGUAAAAUAUACAAGAAGUAUUAAUAAAAGUAGUAGUGGUAAUAAAAAUCAAGAUAAUAAUAAUGUUGAUGAUAUUGAUAUAGUUAAAAAUUUAACAAAAGAAUUAGUUUUAUCACAAUCUUGUCCAAAUAUUUCAAAUUAUGGUAAAGAUGUUAAUAAUGAUGAUGAUGAUGAUAAUAAUAAUACUAUUGAAAAUAAUGAAAAUGAAAAUAAUGAAAAUGUAAAAAAACAACAAGAAAAAGAAAAAGAACAAAAAGAAAAAGAAAAAGAAAAAUUACAACAAUUUAAACAUCAAAGUGAAAUUGAAAAAGUAAAUGAAUUAUUAGAGAUGACAAAUGAACAUUAUUCAAAGUUUCAAAAAUCUUUGGAAGAGAUUAUGUCAAAAUCAAAUGGUACAACUAGAUAUAAUGAUUUAGUUCAGUUGGAGAAACAAAGAAGUAAUGAAUACGUAAAAAUAUGUAAUAAUUUAAAGAAAUUAAUUCAACCAAGUGCAUUUAGACAACAUCAUCACCAUCACCACCACCAUCAUCAUCAUAAACCUUCCCAAAAAAUAACAUCAGAUCUACUUUCAAAGAUCUUGGAUGAAAAUAUUUUAAAAUGGAAUACUUUAAUCUCUAAUCUUCAAUUGGAAAUAUCUUUAAAAUUAAAUAAUCAAAAUAAUGUAUAUCAGUCAAAUAAUAACAACAAUAAUAAUGUAAAACAAAAUAAUAAAGUAGCACAAUCCUAUAAUGCUGUUAGUCUUUUAAUUAAAGAUGAUCAAGAAUAUAGAUAUAAUAAUAAUAAUAAUAAUAAUAACAAUGGUGGUAGAAAAAAUAGCUUCAGCAACAGCAGCAAUAAUAUUAAUAAUAAUAAUAAUAAUAUUAAUAAUAAUAAUAAUAAUAAUAAUAAUAAUAAUAAUAAUAAUAAUAAUAAUAAUAAUAAUAAUAAUAAUAAUAAUAAUAAUAAUAGUAGUAUAAAUAAUAGUAUAAAAUUAAAUAUAAAUAAUAAUCCAAAGUAUAAGAUGGGUUUUGGAUUUAAACAUGGUGGAAAGAAUUUAUCAUCAAAUUUUUCAAUUAAUGAUCAUAGUAUUGAUACUGAUAAUCCUUCAAUGACAAGUUCUUCAAUUACUAGUAAUUCCUCAAUGAAUAGUUUUUCAUCCUCUCCAAGUAGUUCUCCACCAAAUGAUGAUAUCAAUGAUAAUAGACAUACAAAUAAUAUCAAUAGAGUAGCUACAAAUGGUGAUGGUAAUGUUGAUGGUGGUGGUGGUGAUAAUAUUGGUGAUAAUGAUUCAAGCUCUUUAAAUAGUAGCAGUUAUCAAAACCAUCAUAAUCAUCAUAAUCAUCACCGACACAAUUUUAAUAAUGAUAGUAAUAAUAACAGUUAUUCCCCAUCAACUAGUCAUAAUGGAAUUGGAGGUGAUGAUUUCCUCUUACCAUCCCCUUCUCUAUUACCCUCCUCUUAUAAUUUAACUGUAACUGUUUUACCUGAUCUUAAAUAUAAAUAA